GUGGAUUCACAGCAUCAUGUAAAUAUUAAAUAACAUAUGUGCAUUUUAGGCAGCAGCGGUGGCCGCAGUAGUAGACUCUUCGGUCUCCUGAUCAGUCGCCGUGCGCUGUGCGGACGGUUUCUGACUGUCGAACGCGGAGGUACCACCCGGCGGAUCUCGUAGGCGGAGCCAGAAUGUGUGCAUGUUGCAUGCACACGUCUUCCCUCGCCAGAGUCCGUGUG